UGAACAAUUUAGAAAAGCUGUUGCAGACUAUUCUUGUCAAUAUAAAACUAGGUUAAAAUUGAAGCCUAAUGACAAAAAAAGAGUUAGAGUUAAAUGUGAGGACAAGAAAUGUAAAUGGUUGCUGUUUGCUAGUAUAGAUAAAGAUUCUGGUGAUUUUGUUGUCAAAAAUUAUUAUCCUGUGCAUGUAUGUCCUCAAUCGACCAAGAACAAGUUGUGUACAUCUAAGUUUGUUGCAGAAAAGUUCAAGGAUGAAAUAACCUGUCAACCAUAUAUAAGAUUAUGGGAAAUUCAGGAAUUAGUGAGAAAAAAAUUUGGGUUAUAUGUUGGAAGAACUGUUUGUCAUAGGGCAAAAAAGAGGAUUAUCAAGGAGUUCUUAGGUGAUUGGAAGAUGGAAUUUUCAAGAUUGUGUGAUUAUGCAGACAUGAUUAAACAUACUAAUCCUGGUACUUCCUGUUGGGUGAGGACAGAUAGAGAGUCUCAGCCAGGAAAAACUUUGUUUGUUUACUUCUAUGUUUGCUUUGAUGCAUUGAAGAGGGGGUGGUUGGAAGGAUGCAGAAAAAUUAUUGGUUUUGAUGGAUGUUUUCUGAAGGGUUCUUGCAAGGGAGAAUUGUUGGUUGCUGUUGGUAGAAAUGGAAAUCAACAGAUGUUUCCAAUCGCAUGGGCUGUUGUUGACACAGAGACAAAACAUAGUUGGAGUUUUUUUCUAAAGUACUUGAUAGAAGAUCUGAACUUAGGCACAGGACAUGGACUGACUGUUAUGUCAAAUAUGCAGAAGGGCCUUGUACCAGCUUUAUGUGAGUUGCUACCAGAUAGUGAGCAGAGAAGGUGUGCUAGACAUAUCUGGUCCAACUGGCAUCAAUUAUGGAGUGGUGAAGAAAGAAGGAAACAGUUCUGGAGAUGUGCUAAGUCAAGUUUUGAAGUGAAAUUUGAAGAUGAGAUGGAUAAACUCAACAAAUUAGGUAAUAAAAUUUGUGAGGACUUGUUGCAUUAUGAAAAAACUACUUGGUGCAAAGCAUAUUUUAAAGAGCAUUCUAAGUGUGACAUUGUUGAAAACAAUAUGUGUGAAACUUUUAAUUCUUGGAUACUAGUUGCUAGACAUAAGGCUAUCAUAACUAUGCUAGAGGAGAUUAGGCACAAGAUAAUGGACAGAAAUAUUGCAAUGAGGCAAUUUGCUGAAACUUGGAUCUCAGAUAUCUCUCCUAUGGCUAGACUAGUACUAGAAGAGAACAAAGAUCUUGCUAGAUUUUGUGAAGUUAGAUUCAAUGGUGAUAUUGGGUAUGAAAUCUUAGAUGGUCAAUACAGACAUAUUGUUGAUAUAAGAAAGAAGACAUGUACAUGUAGAACAUGGCAAUUGAGGGGCAUACCAUGUCAACAUGCUGUGCUUGCAUAUCAGCACAAAGGCAUAGAACCUGAACAUGAAGUGGUACAUUGGUAUAGGAAAGAGACUUUUUUGAAGGCUUAUAAUCAUUUUCUACAGCCAAUACCAAACAUGAAAAUGUGGCCUCACACUAGUGGUGUAGUGAUUGAACCUCCUGAACCAAAAGUCAUGCCUGGUAGGCCACCAAAGUGCAGAAGAAAGGCAAAGAAUGAGCCUAGAAAAAAGUAUGGAAAGUUAUCCAAAAGAGGAGUAAAAAUGACAUGUUCACUGUGUCAUCAAGUAGGCCACAACAAAAAAUCUUGUCCAACAUUGGCUGAAAUGGGACAACCUGGAGGCUACCCAAACAGGAAACCAAGCUCAAGCCAACCAUCACUGUCUAGCCAACCAUCAAGCUCAAGCCAGCCACCAUUGUCUAGCCAACCAUCAAGCUCAAGCCAGCCACCACUUUUUAGCCAACCAUCAAGCUCAAGUCAGCCACCACUUUUUAGUAGACCAUCAAGCUCAAGUCAGCCACCAGUAUUCAAUCAUCAAGGCAGUUCUAUGUGUUUUGAUUCUUCAGCUGUUAGAAGAGAGCAACAACCUGCUAAAAGCAGAGGCACAUGCAGAGGCACUGGGAGAGGCACUGGGAGAGGUACUGACAGAGGAACUGGUAGAGGCACUGGUAGAGGCACUGGGAGAGGUACUGGCACUGCCAGUGAAAUUGGAAGAGGCAGUGUUUUCAACAUUGGAGGUGUAUCAAGUCAGCAACCUGAUCAACCAAGGGCUGUGGAAGCUUCAAUAUCAACAGGAAGACAAAAAAGGUCCAAGACUAUAGGAUUUGGCAUCUAUACAAAUGCAAGUGGUAGUCAAACCUUUAAUCCUGGUACUUCAGGAGAAAAAGUUAUCAAUUCGAGAGUUUAUAAGGAUGCAUCUCCAACAAAUAUUGAUAUUGGUUAUAAGCCUCGAGGACUCAAGUGGAAUGGUGGAGAUGCUGUCACUGGUUCACAGUUGCAACGUAUCACUCAGUCAAGGAAAAACAAGCGUGGAACAUCUAGUGCACCAAAGAAUGCCUAAUUUAUGUAGAAAAGUCACUUUUUGGUUGUGUAAUUAGCAGCAGAAAUUUGUAUUGACUGCUUUGAAACUUGGAGCUCACUAGAGCAAAUUAAUGGCAUGAAUGAUCAAUUUUUACUG